CAGGAGCCUAAUGCUUCAACAGCCUCGCACUUGCAUCAGAGUGAUCCAUAUUUUGUUGUGAAAUCACAAAUGAAUAGAACAACAGGACUGCUGAUUAAUCAUAAUCAUUGGCGCACUCUAGCAUUGGUUUUUUAAAGCAAUAAUGAGGAUGAAAACUAUUGUUAGCCCUGGACGAGAGCUGACAAAGCUUCACUGCUGCCUCUUCCCCGAUGACUAUGAAUUCGAGAGAGAGACAUUAGUCCAGUUAUGGAUGGCUGUGGGGUUUUUAGGAGAUAUACACAUGGAAGAUGCUGGAAACUUAAGAUUUGAUGCUCUGUUAGAGGGACAGUACAUCUUACUAGCAAGGAUUGAUAUUUUGACCGGAAAAAAUAAGUACAAAGUUAAUUAUGAUAAGGUUACAAAUCUUCUAAAUGGGAUCCAAACACUCCAGAAUAAGGAUCUUCGUGCCAUGUUAGAAGGUGAAGAUGCAUCCGUGGUUGGAUCUAAGUUUUGGCAUGUCUCAGUAGUGUCUAAUCACAUUGAUCAAGCAACAUUUGAGACACUAAAGACUUUCAACGAAUUAAGGACACUUUUAUUUGUUCGUGGCGGAGAAUCAAGCAUGGUUUGGAGUGAAUGAAUUGUUGAUGAGUCCAUUUAUGAGUAAUAUGAGCUUCAUGCCAAGUCCUUCAGUUCUGUUUUUGUCUAAUGCUCCUAUUGUUUCUCCUUUUCCUUCUUCCUUUAUUGAGCUCUUCAACAACCUUGACUUUUAAAUUUUAGUGUAACUUUUAAUUUUUUUUGGUAGGUUUAUUAUUUUAUUGGGUGAUAUUUGAAUGGUGUACAUUAGUUGUAGACUUGGAAAAUUAGAAUUCUCUCACUGUGUGCAUUUGAUCGACAUUAGAGAUCUACCUGUAAAUAUAUUGCGCAUAUUUGAUUGCCCAAGGCUUAAAACACUUCAUAUCCGUUACCUUGAGGAAUGCAUAAUUGUGCUGGUCUAGUUCUAGACUA